AAAACGUGUGUGAAAAUCACUUACGUGUUUUAGCUAGGUUGCCUUAUUACAUAAAACCCCUUGUGUUUGAUAUUGGUUUGCUUAGUUAAGGAGCUCGAAAUGUGGAUUAGUUGGCCUAAACAAACAAUGUCUACAAUAUUAUUAAACCCGGCCUCGUAACCCAACAUAUCCGACCUCAACUGCCCAAGUAAAAAGUAGCCAACAAAAAUUUCAAAUGCAUGAGGAAUGAUGUUGUCCAGGACCAUUUUCUGCACGGCAGUCCUGUUGGCGACGCUGGCAGUAAUCCUCUUGGCCUUGUUCUCGCAACUACCCAAAAGAAAGCCGUCGCCGCCGGGGCUCGACCUUUCAUUGUACAUCCAGCAACCAAACAACAACAACAUUGCAGGCUCCAAUAACGCGGUAGCACAACCACAACCCGAUGGCGGCGGAGGAGCUUUCAUCUUCCACCGGAUGCUCACCGAGGGACCCGAGAACACUUCACGGGUGGUGGGAAAAGCGCAGCGCUUCAUAAUCCCUGCGGAGCACUUUGCAAAAUCGGGAUUCAAUAUAAUCUAUCUGACCUUCUACACGCCUCAGUUUUCGGGCAGCCUUAGCGUGGAGGCCAAGCAUGUUUCCCGCCAAGACACGGAGGAGCUUACGGUGAUGGGGGGAACGGGGUCGUUUGCUUUUGCGAGAGGAGUUUCUGUUUUUGCUAAGACGACUGAUGAGGACGGUCACGUCGAUCAGCAAUCGUCGUCGGGGAAUGUAGUGGAUUAUGCCACUUAUCAUGUGAAGUUGCAGCUUAGAUUUCCCAAUCAGUCUCAGACUGUUCUGGGAUGAAAAUCUCAUGUUGCAUAGCACAGGUUUUGUUUUGUAAUAUGUUAAUUCUUUCUUGACGGGAGAGACAAAAAUCUAACAUAUACAUGUUGUGUGGCUAACCUAAUUGGCAAAAAUCUUACCAUGUAGAAAUUACUGUCUAU